GAAACCUCGGCGGCAGAAGUACAUACGGACGUUCGCAACCAUGAUGGACUCGGCCGCCCACGGCGCAUCAGAGCUGCACGAGGACGCAGCAGACGACUACGGCACGUCCAGAGGCUUCUUCUCAUUUGCGUCACAGCUGGGUCGCCAACUGACACAGGAUGCAAUGGACUUGUCAACGUCCGCCGUGGAAACUGCCAAGUACUUGGCUGUCGAGUCGACGAAAGUGGUUGAAAAGGCGAGUCUCCUUGCGCAGGAGUCUCUGGCAGAAGCGUUCGAUGCACCGGAAGAAACCCCGCUCGACUUGAUUGCCGAGUUGCCUUGGAUGGAUGAUGAGGGACACAUCCACGAGAAUGUCAAAGACGGCGUGUUUGCAAUCAGCAGGUCAAAAUCCAAUUUUUCCACUUUGUCCCUUGUUACUCUGCAGCCCGUCUUUGACAUCGACCGCUUUGUUCAGAUUGCUCCAGCAUUGCUAGCUCUGGACGAGCACCUCCGACAGCGCCACUUUGAACUGUCGUACAAACUCGCGGAAGACGUGUUCUGGGGCAACUACUUUUACCACUGUCACGUCCUUCGAGUGGAGAAUGGCCUGUCCCCGUACUUGUCGACUCUCGGCACGACCUUGCAUGUGCCUGACGUGUCGUCCACCACCGACAACAAUCAACUGCACGACGACGGUUCUCUUCAUGACGAAGAGAGUGCGGUGAGCGUCGCCGAUGAGGAGAAUGAUCAUUUUGACGGAGACGGCGACUCGAACCAGACCAUCCAUGAAACAGACAAGCAACGUCACCCGUCGACUCCAUCGUCUUCAUCGUCGGCAACCACGUUCAGCAACAUGAAGUCCAACUUGCUCCACCGUUCCGUCCAAGCCAAGCAGAAGAUGCAAAAUAUCAAGCGCAAGAUCCACUUUCCGUCGCCGGAAAAGAUGAAAGAACUCCAAUCGUCGUUGCUGCGCCGCAGAUCGAGCAUGAGCGAAUCUUUCGAGCGCAUGUCGAUCACGGGCAUGUCAUUUUCCGGCCUCAAGCGAAGUCCGUCGCUCGUGCGGUAUCGAUCGAAAUCGGCGGCAAGCGAGCCAGACGACGUCGACACGGACCGGCUGAGUGAGCUCGGGACACCGCCGUCCGCCACGGCUGAGCGCACGCAAUUUUUUGAUGAUUAACGAACAAUUCGGUUCGUCGUGGGGUGUGUGUGUCGCGGGCGCGUUGGCUGCCGUAUUCCUUUUUCAUGCUGCCGUCGUUUGAGGAACACGAUGCGCUCGUUUGGCCGUUGGCUGUGGGUUUGGAAAAAGAUGUCGCCCGCGGAUGGAGCGAGAAGUCGAGCGAUUCCCUGAGAACGCGACAGGUCUGGCAGCUCGGUGAGCAGGGCACCUUGGGAGGUGGAGGACCG